AAAUGUGUAACUCGCAGACGGUCCCUUACAAGGCAGCAGACUAACUAGCGGAUAUGCGAAUGUGAAAUCAACGUUACCACGAAACAGGUUGCACAGUUCCUCCGUUCACCAAGUUUACUACGUUGGACUUCCGUUGACUCCCCUAUACAGGUCAAAUGUUGUCAUCAGCAGAUCAGGACAAACCAACGAGAUCCAGAAAUCUUGUUCUCCUUUUCAUUUCUGUGACAGUAAAUCUAUUUUUGCUGUAUAGCAUGUACUCAUGGAAACUAAAUUGCAGAGAACAGAAAGUUAUAGAUGACCCUGUCAAACCAACCUCUCCACUUGAGGAAAAGGACACUAUCAUUCUUCUGUGGUUCUGGCCGUUUGGAAGACAAUUUGACCUGACGUCCUGCAGCACUGUGUUCAACAUACAGGGCUGUUCCUUAACUGGUGACAGAAAACUCUACAGUAAGGCACAUGCUGUCCUUAUUCAUCACAGAGAUAUUGCGUCAAAUAUGUCCAAUUUACCAAAACAGCCUCGCCCCGUCUUCCAGAAAUGGAUAUGGAUGCACUUUGAGUCCCCACGUAAUACAAAGAAAAUUCCAGGAUUAGAGAACUUGUUCAACGUGACAAUGAAUUACAGACGGGAUGCGGACAUUACAGUGCGCGAGCAGAUGGUUUUGAGACCCCGAGGCGAUUUCGGAAACUCCCCCUCCACGGAGAGUUUCUUCAGUGUUCCUCUGAAGGAAAAGGAUAAACUGGUUUGCUGGAUUGUGAGCAACUGGAACAGUAAUCAUGAUCGAGUAAAAUAUUAUGAGGAAUUUAAAAAGUUUAUCAAAGUUGAUACUUAUGGACGUGCAUUUCACAAAGUAAUCAAUCAAACUGAAUACAACAAAAUCAUUCGUGAAUGUAAGUUUUAUUUGUCCUUUGAAAAUACGAAAAAUUAUCCAGACUACAUCACUGAAAAGCUAUUUAAUCCUCUCACUCUGGGUACAGUUCCGGUGGUUCUUGGGCCACCAAGAUACACGUAUGAGCAGUUUGUCCCAGGGUUCUCCUUCAUUCAUGUUGACGAUUUUGAAUCCCCUAAAGCGCUGGCUGAGUAUCUACUGCUGCUGGGCAAGAAUGAGGAAAAAUAUAAGGAAUUUUUUCGGUGGCAACAAACGUACGAGGUUAAACAUGUUGAUUUUCCUAAAGAACAUGCAUGCUUAGCUUGCAAGUAUAUUAGAGAGAGAAACAAUUAUCAGGUUUUUAAAAAUCUCAACAAAUGGUACUGGGAGGAAGUCUAAAACUGGAAAAUGUAGUUGUGUUAAUUAACAUCUGAAAACAAUUUCAAUUUUCAUCCAUUAUUCAGAUGGACUUUUGUUUGUUUGUUUGUUUG